GUGUUGCAGGAUUUUGGCCCCCCAUGGAUCUCGGUAAGAAGACGGUGAACAGCCCAGAGGGUGCUGCCCCCGGUCCCGUUGGAGGUGCAGAGGCCCCUGGGCACAGCCCUGACCAUGAUGUCCCUCUCCAAGCCUCUUCCAAACUGGCCAAACUCUCCGAGCCUAACGAGAGCAGAGAGUCCCCUCCAGAGGAGCCCCGAGCCGGCAUACUGGAGAGAUCAAGACCCAGUGGCUCCUGCAAGUCCAGCACCCCGAUACAGGGCAACUCUGCCCCCAGGAGAGACUCUGCGGAGCCCGGUGCCCCGAGGAGUGACCCCCUGGCUGGCCGCAGCGCGCACACUAACCUGGCGCACUGCCCUAUAUCCCCGUUCCACAGCGCAGAGGGGGAACUGCCCCAGAGCCUAGGGAAGCCCAGCCUGGAGAUCAGCAAGGGCACCUGGGGGCCCAUGAGCCAGAGCACUGUGGUCCUGAGCGCAGAUGGAAACACGUCUGUCUAUCCGGGCAGCCUCAAUGGGGAUGAGGAGGGGGAUGAGAACAAAGCUCGCGGCAACUGGUCCAACAAACUGGACUUCAUCCUGUCCAUGGUGGGCUACGCGGUGGGACUGGGCAACGUCUGGAGGUUCCCGUACCUGGCCUUUAAGAAUGGCGGAGGUGCGUUCCUCAUACCCUACCUCCUGAUGUUGGCUCUGGCGGGGGUACCCAUCUUCCUCCUGGAGGUGUCCCUGGGGCAAUUUGCCAGCCAGGGCCCGGUGUCAGUGUGGAAAGCCAUUCCAGCUUUACAAGGAUGUGGCAUUGCCAUGUUAAUCAUAUCUGUGCUAAUCGCCAUAUAUUAUAACAUCAUCAUGUGCUACACGAUCUUCUACCUGUUUGCAUCUCUGGUCGGAGUCUUGCCCUGGGCGUCCUGCGAUAAUCCGUGGAACACCCCGGACUGCAAGGACAAGAACCGGUUGCUGCUCGAUUCCUGCUUCAUUGGGGAACAGCCAAAAAUCCAAAUUAAGAACAGCACGUUUUGCAUGGCGUCAUAUCCCAACUUGACCCUGGUGAACUUCACCGGCCUCGGCAACAAGACGUUCGUCAGCGGAAGUGAAGAAUAUUUCAAGUAUAAUAUGCUGAAGAUCUCUGCCGGCAUCGAGUAUCCUGGGGAAAUCCGAUGGCCGUUAGUCCUGUGUCUGUUGCUGGCCUGGGCAAUCGUCUACGCUUCGCUCGCCAAAGGAAUCAAGACUUCAGGAAAAGUUGUUUAUUUCACUGCUACGUUCCCAUACGUAGUCCUGGUCAUCCUUCUAAUCCGAGGAGUUACUUUGCCAGGUGCUGGAGCUGGAAUGUGGUACUUUAUUACUCCAAACUGGGAGAAGCUGGGGGAUGCAAUGGUUUGGAAAGAUGCAGCUACGCAGAUUUUCUUUUCUCUGUCUGCGGCCUGGGGAGGACUAAUUACUCUUUCAUCUUACAACAAGUUCCACAAUAACCUCUACAGAGAUACGCUGAUCGUCACAUGUACUAACAGCGCCACCAGUAUCUUCGCUGGAUUCGUCAUCUUCUCUGUCAUCGGAUUCAUGGCCAACGAACUUAAGGUCGACAUCGACAAGGUGGCAGAUCAAGGUCCUGGAAUCGCGUUUGUCGUGUACCCUGAAGCUCUGACCCGUCUCCCCCUCUCCCCGUUUUGGGCCAUUAUAUUUUUCUUGAUGCUUCUGACUCUUGGUUUAGACACAAUGUUUGCCACGAUUGAAACGAUAGUGACAUCUGUAUCAGAUGAAUAUCCGAAGUACCUGCGCACGCACAAACCGCUGUUCACCUUAAUCUGCUGCAUCGCCUUCUUUAUUAUGGGUUUCCCAAUGAUUACCCAGGGUGGGAUUUACAUGCUGCAGUUAGUUGACACAUACGCAGCCUCAUACUCCUUGGUCAUCAUCGCAAUUUUUGAAUUGGUAGGGGUGUCCUAUAUCUACGGGCUUCAGAGAUUCUGUGAAGACAUCGAAAUGAUGAUUGGAUUUCAGCCAAAUUGGUUCUGGAAGAUCUGUUGGGCUUUUGUAACGCCGACAAUUCUGACCUUCAUCCUCUGCUUCAGCUUCUUCCAGUGGGAGCCUAUGACGUACGGGACAUAUAACUACCCCGCAUGGUCCAUGGUCUUGGGCUGGCUCAUGCUGGCUUGUUCAGUUAUUUGGAUUCCGAUCAUGUUUGUGAUAAAAAUGUUUUUGGCGCCGGGCAGUUUUAUCGAGAGACUCAAGCUGGUCUGCUCCCCUCAGCCAGACUGGGGACCUUUCCUGGCCAAGCAUCGCGGAGAACGUUACAAGAACAUGAUGGAUCCCCUCGGUACCUCCUCACUGGGCCUCAAACUACCGCCUAAGGAUUUCGAGUUGGGGACCCAGUGCUAGUAUCUUGUGUCACAUAAAUCAAACAUCAUCUGUCUUCUUCCGUGAAACAGUGCUGGUGGUGGCUUUAGAUUAAAACAUAAUAGGAUUUCAUGUUGCAUGUUUAAGCCAAGACCCAAACUGACCACCCCACGCACUGGCUUCUUCUGCGCGGUCUUGUCUCCUUCCAUUAUAUAGCACAAUAAUAACUGUACCCAAUACCCUUCAUUGUUUGCAAUACUGCCAAUGCUUCUGAGUUUGCUUGUCUAGAUGCAGAACCGGUUAAUUUACAGUCAUGAAGGGAAAAUGUUGAUCCUCUUCCUGAUAAGAAAUGGUUUUCAUCAGCAGAUCCCAUUUUCCAGACCAUGCUGGGCAUCUGAAACUGAUUGAAUGGGUCGCACCACACUGUUAUGGACUCUUAGUUUUCAUUGAUUAAAUGGGGAUGUAAAAUACUAACUGUAACAGCCAUACUAAGUAUAUAUUAUAAAAAUCUAAAGUCAGUAGGCCAAACUAUGCAUUGCCAGAGCCUCCGACUGGAUUUUUAUCGAGCGCGCGCUAUAAUCCUUCGUCUUCCAUGUAGAGUCUUGCGGGCAUUGCGCCUCUGCUGCAUUUCUAGAGUCUGACAUAGAGAAAAAUUUAAUUUCCGUUGCACUUAAGCCAAGUAUUUGUUUCUUCAUUGAUCUCAUGAACAUCACCAAAAGCCAUUGUAUAAUUUGUGCCUAAUUUUCUAUCUUCGUUGUGUCGUGUAGCCAAUAAUAGAGACAGUUUUUGCUGUGCUGUUUAGUAACCAAACCCUUUCCCUGUUUAAAUGUCUUUCUAUAACUUCUAAAUGUAUUUAGUGGGCAAACACUAGAACUCUAUAUAUUAUAUAUAUAGUAUAUCAAUGUUUAAAGGCAUAUCCUCUCUUAUGUCAAGCCAUAUUUGUAUAUUGUCCGAGAUGUGCAGGUUGUUGAAUGGUCCAUGUCACUGGAAGUCAUGGCAUAAAUGUAAUGGCUGUGUUUCCUGACUUCUCCAAGAAUACUGGUUAGGAAUUUGCUGCUGGUGUAAAGGUCAAAUGACGUCUUAUUUUUAUGCCAAGAGGGCAAGCUUUAGACCACCAGGGUGACGUCGGAAGCGGUUCAUGUAGAUGUAAGAUCUCUGUACAUAGAGAAUUGUCCACAAAUUCCAUUCUGCUUUCUCAGCUUGAGGCAAUUCAUUCUUCUUGAUAAUGUCAGAGGCUGACACCUUU